GUUCUCGGUCCUCAGGGGGACAGGUUACAGUUCGCUGUUUUAAGUCACACUAUAUCAAUGAGCUGUUUUCCAGCUGAAGUGCCUUUGGGCAGUGAUAUUUUAUUUUUGAAUAGUGUGGCUAAACUUCCGGCUCCAGCUGCUACCUUAUCUGCAGGUGAUACAGGAUAUUAUGCAUAACGCACAAUACUAACCUUUCUUCCAGGUGGGAGGCGGUGCUUCUGGUAACAGGUGUGCCCACUUCCUGGUUUCCUGUCUCCAAAGAGCAGCUCACGCGAUCGGCCUGAUUUGUUUAUUAAAGGGAUUCUAGUUGAUUGUGUUCUUCUCUCGCAGUCUCCAGGAGCUCCACACAGGAUGUCAGUGACUGUGUCCAAGGCUGAUGGGGUCACUGUGCUCACUCUGACCUCUGACCCCCAAAGUCCCUGGCCUCCUCUGUGCCAGGUCCUCAAGAACCUUUGCUACAGUCCAGUGUGCUGCUCUGUGUCUCAGCACCUGAGGAGCCUCAACAGCAGCUCUCAGACGGUGCUGGGGAGUCUGCACAUCAUGGUCGGGCUGCUCAACAUUGGAUUCGGAGUUAUACUCUCUUGCUCUCACAGUGACCCUUGGUGGUAUAUAGAUGCCCUUGGCUUUCCAUAUUGGUUGGCAGCACUGUUCAUCACGUUUGGCAUCGUGUGUAUUUUGUCUGACAAGUAUCCAAGUCCAUGUCUGGUCGUUCUCACCGUGAUUCUGAAUCUGGCUGGAGUUGCUUUUGCCAUCACGGCCAUUGCACUCUACAGCGUUUAUUUAGGAGGAAUAUAUCUUCAGUGGGGGUGCGAUUACGACUACAGUGUCUACAAUGGAUACUGGUACGAUCGGCGAACACCGAAGCCCCCAUCUUUGGAGGAGAAACUCAUACGGGAGAAAUGCUGGGAGGCCCAAGCAGUGGUCGGGAUGCUCCUGAGGAGCAUCUGUGCUCUGAUGAUCACCUUGUCAGUUCUGGAGCUCUGCGUUGUGAUCAGCUCUGCCGUCCUGGGGAUCAAGGCUCUGAGGAGCAAAGAGAAGAGCGCUGACGACCCCGAGCUGUACAAACCACUGCUGGAGGAAGUCACCGCGCAGCCUGUGGCCUGAACGCUGUGACACUGAAAUGUUCUGAUGGCGCCGCCUCCAACAGCUGCAUGUUUUCUCUAAAAUGAAGCCAUCUGAAUUCAUCUUUGCGUGGAUUCAAAGUUUAGAUGAAACUUUAAAGGUGACGAGGAAAUUGAAUGACCGGUACUCUUUGUGUUACUGUGUUGC